CACCAAAACAUUCAUUCAUGGACUCCAUAGAGAGAGAGAAACGGCCUCUCUGCGCAUUGCGGAGUUUGGGCCAAUUGCUUGUUCUUUCGAUUUCACUCUCGACCCUUAUUGGCUCUUGCAUUGAUUAUAUCUCUGCUUCUCUUUUUGUCCCCUCUCGUUUUCGCUUAUUUUCCGGGCCAUGAAUCGAUCGGAUUUUAAUUUUUUUCAACGAUCAUCAUCGUCCCACCAUUUGUCGAUGGUACCUUUGAAAUUUAUCUAGAUGUCGAAUUCUGGAUAAGAGUAGAGCUCUUUAUUUUCCCUUUGGUGCUUCUUUUCCAUCUUGGGGGGUAUGGAGCACCUUCCUGUUGAAGUUAUAGGGAACAUACUAUCUAGGCUUAAGGCUGCCCGAGAUGUUGUUAUUGCAUCUACUACUUGCAAGAAAUGGCGUGAGGCUUGGCGUACUCACCUCCAUACCCUUUCAUUCAACUGUAACGACUGGGCUGGCUACCGUGAUCUAAACACAAGUGGGUUGGAAAUUCUAAUUACUCAAACAAUUUUCCAAACAACUGGGCUACAGAAUUUGUCGAUUUUCAUGGGUGAUACAGAUGAGUUCUCGGCUGCUCCUGUGAUUGCUUGGCUUAUGUAUACUAGGGAAACUCUGCGAGAGUUGUAUUAUAAUGUGAGGACUACCCCGAAUAUUAAUAUAAUUGAGAAAUGCGGUAGGCAUAAGCUGGAAGUCUUGGCAUUAGCGCAUAAUUCUAUAUCCGGUGUUGAACCCAGUUAUCAGAAAUUUCCUUGCUUGAAAUCACUUGCAUUGAGUUUUGUUAGUAUCUCAGCCUUGGAUUUGAGUCUUCUGUUGUCUGCUUGUCAAAAAAUUGAGACCUUAACUCUUAUUAAUCCAGAUAUUGCCAUGUCUGAUGCACAGGCAACUAUGGAACUGGGUAGUUCCUCUUUAAAGGAUAUCUAUGUUGAAUCAAUUAGUUUGGACAAGUUUAUAUUGGAAGCUGAUAGUCUUGAAAAGUUGCAUUUAAAAGAUUGCACUCUUGAGCUUUUCGAACUUAUUGGUAAAGGGUCUUUGAGGGUUUUGAAGAUCGACGAUGUUAGUGUCCUCCAACUUGAGAUUGGUGAGAGCACAUCAAAUCUUGAGGUUGUUGAUGUAAGAAACUUCACUAUAACAGGGCCAAAGUUCUACAAUAUGAUCUCAAGAUCAUCAAAGUUGACUAGGCUUCGUCUCUGGGGAGUGGUGUUUGAUGAUGAAGAUGAGGUUGUGGAUUUGGACACUAUGCCGGUUUGCUUUCCUCAGUUAACGUACCUUUCAUUAAACUAUGAUUUAAGAGAUGAGGUACUUCAUUAUGGCUUGCAUGGAUCCUAUCAGUUUAACAAUGUCAGUGUGUUAGAAUUGGGGUGGUCGGUAAUCAAUGAUUUCUUUACAGACUGGGUGGCAGGGCUUCUAGCUAGGUGCCCUAAUUUGAGGAAGUUGGUUAUUUAUGGACUUGUUUCAGAGGUUAAGACUCAUGUCGAGUGCCAGAUGCUAGCCAACUUCACAUCAGCUAUUGUUCGACUCAUGAGAAAGUAUACGCAGAUAGAAGUCCAGUUUGAAUAUGAAUAGAAGUUGCCAUUAAGAGAUCUGAGAAAUUUUUCCUCUGCUAUACACACAUUAGGAGUUUUAAGCAAAUUGUGAACGUACCAUUCUUUCUGUGUAAGUGAUGAGGUUUUUUUGUUUUCUGCUGUAAAAUAGAUCUUCUUGAACAUCUUUCAUCUGCUAGGAAUCUUCUAUUCUUUUGGUAUUCUGUUUUGUUGUGCAUACCAAAAACUGAGGGUUGUUCAUGAGAAAGAAUUGAGAGAACUCAUGCCUGUUCAUGAACUCAGCUUAGACUCUAGGAAAAAAAAGAAGAGGGUUUUUACAAGCACUCCUGGAAGCUAUAGUUAGUUCUUUAUCUUCAUUAAAUGUUUUUAGCGUAGUUCUUAAUCUUCUUUAUACUGUUCUUACCAA